AUGUUAAGGGACUUGAGCCUGCCUCUGGUGCCUUAUAUGGACUGUAAAUCCAACCGCCUGUACUUGGCCAGUGUCAUUCCUCCCAUCUUCUACAUGUUGACUCUCUUGGGCAUAGUCGGGAACCUGGGAAGUGUUUGGAUCUGCCUGAUUCACAACCGACCCUGGAGCAUCGGCUCCAUCGGGGUCCUGAACCUGGCACUGUGUGACCUGGCCUACCUGGUCUCUGUCGUACCCUGGGCGGUCUACAUGAGCACGGACUACCACUGGACAAUGAGCGAGUCCAUGUGCAUCCUGGUGAAGAUCAUAUACUUUGUGGGGCUCACAUCCAGCACCAUGUUCAUCUGUGCCAUCAGCAUUGACCGAUUCCUGGCCAUCGUGUUCCCCCUGGAGUCACGCAUGAUCCGCACGCCACGCAACGCCGUCCUGGUCUCCCUGCUCCUGUGGGCCAUCACUAUCCUCCUCAUCUACCUCAGCCACCCUAACAUCCUCUACUGGGUGCGCAGGAGGGACAAGAUCCCCUUUUGUGGGGCGGUGGUCAUUUCGAGGUACAGAUCCACGGGGGCCACCUACAACCUACUGUCCUACUACUCUGUCCAGGUGUCUGUUCCCCUGUUGCUGGUCAUCCCGUGCUAUGUGAAGAUAAUGGCCCGCAUGAAGCAGUCCCGGCAGCAGUGGAGUCAGGGUGGCGGUGGGGGUGGCAGCAUUCAUGGUCGGGACAAGACCAUCUGGCUGAUCUCAGUCUUCAUUGCCAACUUCCUGGUGUGCUGGGUGCCGGGGCAGUUGCUGCACAUCGUGGCCUGCAUCAUCUUCUUCACGCUCAACGACUGUAACAACACAUGUUGGGUGGCACACGUGGUGAAUCUGCUAAUUGAGGCGUCACAGUUGCUGCAAGUCCUGAACGCUUGCCUGGAUCCACUUAUUUACCACACUCAACAGGGAUUUGGGGAAAUGGUGCGCAAGGGAGUGGACCGGGUGAUGAGCCAGGGAAGGAAGUUUUGGCACAUGGCAAAGAAAGAAGACUUUGGAGGAAAAACUGUGGAGCCCAUCAGUGUGAUCAAAAUCAACAGCAGUCCUAAGAAAAAGAAUAAGCUUGUUGGAUGA